AUGCGACGGCUUCUCCCCAUCAUGGCACUGGAGGAGAGUGUGGAAGCCUCCUGCCUGGUGCGGAGUUUCGAGUGCUGCUUCCUGGAGGCGCAUGUGCUGUGCUCCUUCCCCUGGCAGGUGGGCAGUGGGCAUGCUGAGUGCGAGCAGUGGGUGGCGAAGGACUGGACACAUUUGGGGCUAGUCGGGCUACAAGUCACGUGCUCCCCAGUGGAAGCUCCAGCAUCCAGGCAGGAGCAGCCAUGUUCAGACUUCUUAGAAUUUCCAGGAAACCGUUGGGAAUCCGUUGGGAAACCGUUGGCUGCGGUAGAGAUAGGUGCUCACCCAGCAGCUACUAGCCUUUCCUUCAUGGAAAGGAGUCUCAACACAUCUGAGCUUGGCCCAGGUAUGGAGCCCGAGCCCACAGAGAAGCAACAACCAGAGUCCCUGCCGAAGCCAUCGGGGGGGCCUGGACCAGACUUGGAUGAAGGGGCAGAUCUGCAGGCAGCACCACUCCCGCCUGAGAAGGCAGAGCUGCUCUUGGAACAGAAACCUGAGCUGGACUGGGCUUCGGGGCAGCAUGCAGAGCCACCAGGAGCUAUGGAGUCGCAGGAGUCAAGUUCGGUGGGGUGGGAUUCACCUCUACGACGGUCCUCAACCGAAGUGUCUCAGAAGCACCGCUGCCACACCAACUGCCUGGAGGCUCCGCUCUCCCGGGCCUUCCGAUGGUUGGGGUGGGAGGUGGGCUCACACCCCUGGGUCUUCCUGCUGGUGCCCAUUCUGCUGACAACUACUCUGAGCACUGGCUUCAUUUACCUGCCCAAGGAUGAAGAAGAGGACCUCGAGGAGCAGUACACCCCCGUCAGGAGCCCGGCCAAGGGAGAACGGCGCUUUGUGCAGGGACAUUUCACCACGAAUGACUCUUUUCACUUCUCCAUCUUCAGGAUGAGCUCUGAGGUCCAAUUCGCUUCCAUUCUAGUGGUGUCAAACUCUGACACCAUGCUGAAACAAGAAAUCUUGUCAGAAGUUAGCAGAUUAGACAGUGCGGUGCAGGCUCUGAAUGCGACUCAGGAAGAUGGAACCCCGAUCCUCUUCAGUCAGGUGUGUGCCAAGAACCAGGGCAUCUGUGUGCCCUCCAACCCCCUCCUGUUCACCUGGCAGGUGAAUAAGAAGCUUGACCUGAAAAGCAUCACCUUCCCCCUCUACAUCCAAAACAGCCAGCCUGUCUCCCUGGCGGGCACCCUUGGUGGAACCAUCUUAGGCAAGCAGAUGGGAACAAACCAUUUACUCCUGCAGGCCAAAGCCAUGCGGCUGCAAUAUUACCUGAGAACCCAAGAAAAAGAGAAUAGUGAGCAUAGCAAGAGGUGGCUCGUACAUUUCCUGGACGAAUUUAGCAAUAUUAAAGAGAGUUUGGCCUUGAAGAUGAUCCGGGUGGUCUACUUUACAUCACUUUCUAGACAACUGGAAUUUGAGGCAACUUCUAAGACGGUGAUCCCUUUGUUUUAUGUGGCAUACUUUCUAAUCAUAUUAUUUUCAAUCGCAUCAUGCUACAGGUGUGACUGUGUACGAAACAAAAUGUUUGUUGCAGUUUUUGGAGUGAUUUCUACUGCCUUCGCAGUGUUGAGCGGCUUUGGCCUGAUGUUGUUCAUUGGGGUGCCAUUUGUGACCAUAAUUAAAAAUGCACCAUUUCUUGUUCUAGGUGUUGGGGUCGAUGACAUGUUUAUUAUGAUUUCCGGCUGGCAGAAGACCAAACUCGUCAAUAGCAUAAGACAUCGUUUGUCCAGGACCUAUUCAAAAGUGGCAGUGUCCAUUACAAUCACCACUGUCACUAACAUCCUGGCCUUCUAUACGGGAAUUAUGACCUCCUUCAGAUCUAUACAGUACUUUUGCAUCUAUACAGGAACAACCCUGUUCUUUUGUUAUUUGUAUACCAUCACCUGUUUUGGAGCAGUUUUGGCCCUGGAUGGUAAAAGAGAAGUAGCCUGUCUACGUUGGUUAAAAAAGCCAGAUAUGGCUGACAAGAAAUGUUACUCAUUAAAAAGAUGCUGCUGUCUCCCAUUUGAUUCUCUCCCAGAUGAACUGGAAGCUGAUAUCCAUCCAAUGAAUUUGUUCUUUAGAGACCAUUUUGGUCCUUUUCUCACAAGCACUAAGACCAAGUUUUUUGUAGUGCUUCUGUACAUAUCGUACCUCAUAAGUAGUAUAUAUGGAUGUUUCCAAGUGCAGGAAGGUUUAGACCUUCGAAAUUUGGCAAGUGACGAUUCCUACAUUACACCAUAUUUUGAUGUAGAGGAAGGUCAUUUUCCACGUUACGGUCCCAAGGUUAUGGUUAUUGUUACUGAAACUCUUGACUACUGGGAUAAAGAUGCUAGGCAAAAAUUGGAAAAAUGUCUGGCAGAUUUUGAAAACAAUGGCUAUGUAGAUAAAGCUCUUACAGAGUUUUGGUUACGAGAAUAUGUGCAAUAUAUGAAAGAUAAAAAGCAAGAUAUAAAUGAUAAGAAUACUUUUAUGAAGAGUAUUUCCAGUUUUUUUGUGGAUUUCCCACAUUUUAAGUAUGAUGUUAAUAUUUCAUCAUCACAUGAAAUCAUUUCUUCCCGUGCCUUCAUUCAGACCAUGGAUAUUUCUACUUCAACCAAGAAGAAAAAGAUGUUAAUCCAGUUCCGAGACUUGGCCAAAAAUUGUGAAAUUCCCCUAAUGGUGUAUAACCCAGCAUUCAUAUAUUUUGAUCAGUAUACUGCAAUAAUAGAAAACACUAUUCGAAAUGUCAUUGUGGCAUCAGCAGCUAUGUUUGUUGUUUCCUUAUUGUUAAUUCCUCACCCACUGUGCUCCUUGUGGGUAACUUUUGCUAUUGGUUCUGUUAUUGUAGGAGUAACGGGUUUCAUGGCAUUCUGGAAGGUCAAUCUUGAUUCCAUAUCCAUGAUUAAUCUUGUCAUUUGUAUAGGCUUUUCUUUUGAUUUCUCUGCACACAUUUCCUAUGCAUUUGUUUCCAGUUCUCAGCCCUCAGUAAAUCUAAGAACAAUUGAGGCAUUGUAUAUGCUAGGCUACCCUGUGUUACAAAGUGCAAUUUCAACAAUAAUAGGGGUGUCUGUCUUAUCUGCAGCCAAAGCAUACAUCUUCAGGACAUUUUUUAAGAUUAUGUUUCUUGUUAUGGUAUUUGGGGCUGCUCAUGGUCUAAUUUUCAUUCCAGUAUUCUUAACCUUUAUUUGAAGGUUUGUUUGAAUAUCCACUAGCAAAUUAAAGACCAAUUAUAGAAUUCCUGAUUGCCCCAAUUCAAUCUGAUAAAAAUGCACUAGUAACAAAAGUCAACAAACUAAAAACAAAGACACAUUUCCUUGAAUUGAAAAUCCCAUUUUAAAAUGUUAUUUAAAAUAUCCUGAGAAAAAUUCAUUAGUCUUUCAUUAAAAUAUCUUUACUAAAUUAGAAAUUGUUGUCAUCUUUAUUAUAAUCUAUGCACAAUGAAGUAUAAAGUAUAAAUUUCCAGGGGU